UGAAGAACAGGUUGUUGGCGAAGCUGAUGAAGACGACGCCGCUGAUGACGCGGUCCACGCGGCGCACUAGCUGCGUGGCGCGCCCGUACUGCUCGCGCGUGGCCCGCCAGAAACCCUCCCCGUACUUCUGCAAAUGGUUUACGUACAACCGAUAAUUUGGGAGGCGGAUCUAAUAAUACCAUGGCACAAGACUAAUGUCCAUUCCAAACUGGACUUGAAAAAAGAAACGAUGGGGCAGAAAAAUAAAAAAAACGUUUCGUGGAUACCGACAAAAAAGAACCGCGUGUCAGUCCCGGUGGUGAAGCCCGCGGCCGCCGUGGCGACGCUGCAGGCCGCGCUGCGCACCACGCUGCUGGUGGGGCAGGCCUUCUCGCUCAUCCCCGUGCAGGGCGUCGCCGCCAGCACUGCCAAGAAUGUCAAAUUCGAAAAAAAAUCAUGGAAGUGUGUCUAUUCAUUCCUAUCGCUACUUGGGCAAAUAUUUAUAACAGUUAUGUGUUUUUACAAAAUUGUUUAUUCAGAUUCAUCACUGAAAGCCACAACGUCAGUAAUAUUCUACGGCACGACGUGCAUCACGAUGGUGAUGUUCUACCAGGUGGCGCGCGUGUGGCCGCGGCUCGCGCACUUCGUGGCCCGCACCGAGGCGCUGGACCCCAGCCUCGACCAGCGCCUGGCUCGCCGCUGUAACACCACCUGCGCCGUCGUACUCACACUCGCACUCAUGGAACACAUACUGUCGCUGCUGCAGGCGUUCGCGGGAGCGGCGCACUGCUUCCCCGACGCGCCCGUGUAUGAGGGCUUCGUGCGGCACUUCUACCCGUGGGUCUUCAACUUCCUGCCCUACUCGCCCUAUCUAGGCAUUAUGACUCAGUUCCUGCACUUCCAGUCGACGUUCAUCUGGAACUUCUCGGACCUGUUCGUGAUCUGCAUGAGCUACUACCUCACGUCGCGCCUCGACCUCGUCAACCAGAAGCUGCUCAACGCACAGGGCAAGUACCUCCCGGAGUUGUUCUGGCGGUCUACCCGCGAGGAGUACGGGCGCGCCACGCAGCUGGUCCGCAAGGUGGACGAGGCCAUCAGCGGCGUGGUCUUCAUGAGCUUCGCCAACAACCUGUUCUUCGUCUGCUUCCAGCUGUUUAACACCCUUGAAAAUGGAUUCAAAGGGAGAGUUGAAUGUUCCGGUACAACAAGUAGCUCUACAACAGGCGCGGGGCCGGGCAAGGGCUACGAGGCGGCGGCGUACUUCCUCUUCUCCCUAGUUUACCUCAUCAGCCGCUCGGUGGCGGUGUCGCUGGUGGCGGCGCAGGUGCACUCCGCGUCCGCCGUGCCCGCGCCCGUACUGUACGACGUGCCUUCGCCCGUGUACUGCAUUGAGGUGCAAAGGUUUUUAGAUCAAGUGAACGGAGACCACGUCGCGCUCAGCGGACUGCAGUUCUUCAGCGUGACCAGAGGCCUAUUGCUAACCGUUGCGGGCACAAUAGUGACGUAUGAACUGGUGAUGGUACAGUUCAACGCACCUUCGUCUGCAUCUCCUGCGAGCGCCACCGCUGCCACUUUGCUCAACUUGAACGAGUCGUCAACAUUACCUAUGCCGUAAUUGUGUUUGUACCUACAUGAGAACAAUAAACAUAUUUAAUUUACAUGUUAA